CCCCCGCGAGGGUUUCCCGCUGUGAAGCCAACACCAACACCAGAUCCAGGGCCCGCUGGAGAUGGGCCACCCCGGGAGCAAAGCGGCCAUGCUCCUCGAUCAGGAGCUUCCCCAUGAGGAAGUGACUGUCGACCAGGCGAUCGAUCGUGUCGGCCAAUUGGCCGGCCGGGGUUUCGCGCCAGGCAGCCAGCGCAUCGAGGCCAGCUGCCAGAGCGAGACACGUCCGAGAUACCACCUCGUCCAGGCAGGCCUGGCGACCGGGGACUUUUUCUGGAGAACCCGCCGGAGGAGCAUGCGGGUCAAGGGGGCUGGCUGCCGGGGGAGGGGGCAGCGCCCGUCCGUCGGCCGGAAAGCGUCGAUGCAGGUCCGAGUAGCUUUGCCAGGCAUCGGCAACCAAUCGUGAAAGGUCGCCCGCUGUCAUUCGGGGGAAGGGGGG